AUGCUCACAUUCAGGAAGGCGCUUAUUAUAGCUGCAGUCUUGAUCUCCUUGAUAUUCUUUCUCCGAUCCUCCAACUCAUAUUCUGAGUCUCCAGUGGCCGUGUCGCCUGAGGCGGUAGCCUACGAUGUCAGUCACGAAACAGAGCAGCCGUCUGGCCAGUCGCCUAGUCAAGAUGCAGGAUCUCAACAGCAGCCGCUGAAGCAGCCACCACCACCUCCUAGUGCUUCUUUGCCUGAGCGUUUACGCUACCAUUUCCCUUAUAACCUAGAGGCGAAGUUCCCUGCGUACAUUUGGCAAACGUGGAAGUAUACACCGGCUUCUGUGUGGUUCGAUCGUGAUCUACGAAAACAAGAGGCGAGCUGGACUGAUUUAAAUCCCAAUUUUGUCCACCAAGUUAUUCCGGAUGACACUGUUCGAUAUCUUAUCAAGUAUCUCUAUGGCUCCGUCCCUGAGGUGCUCGAAGCGUUCGAUGCAUUGCCGCUUGCUGUCCUCAAAGCCGACUUUUUCAGGUAUCUAGUUCUCCUUGCACGGGGUGGCGUCUAUAGCGACAUUGACACGACCGCACUAAAACCUGUGUUGGACUGGCUUCCAAACACUCUUGAUCUGUCAACUGUUGGCUUCGUCGUCGGUAUCGAAGCUGAUCCUGAUCGGCCUGAUUGGGCAGACUGGUACUCGCGUAGAGUCCAAUUCUGCCAAUGGACCAUUCAGUCCAAAUCCGGCCAUCCAAUCUUGAUAGACAUCGUGUCGUACAUUACUCAAGAGACCCUGCGGAUGAAAAAAGCGGGAAUACUCAAAAAAGGAAAGAUGGACAAAACCAUUGUUGAAUUCACAGGCCCAGCGGCUUGGACAGAUGCCGUGUUCCGAUACUUCAAUGAUCCUGAAUAUUUCAGCAUCGAACCCGGGUCCACCCACAAUAUCACGUACGAGGAUUUUACGAACCAGGUUGAGUAUCAGAAGGUUGGUGAUGUUGUGAUUCUGCCGAUCACCAGCUUCAGCCCCGGCGUGAACCAAAUGAAUGCGCAGGGUACGGAUGACCCAAUGGCUUUUGUGGAACAUGAUUUCGAAGGAACAUGGAAAACCGAUCCCUCACUUUAG